AUGUCUUUCCCCCAGCUGGGCUACCAGUAUAUCAGGCCGAUUUACCCCUCUGAGCGCCAGGGGAGCGGCAGCGCUCGAAGCGGGACAGAGCUCACCCCGUCCGGUACUCUCUCCAAUGUUUUAUCCUCCAUGUACGGAGCGCCUUACGCCGCCGCCGCGGCAGCUCAAGGAUAUGGUGCUUUCCUGCCCUACACCGCCGAGCUCCCCAUCUUCCCGCAGCUGGGUGCCCAGUACGAGCUGAAGGACAGCCCCGGCGUCCAGCACCCGGCCUUCCCUCACCACCACCCCGCUUUCUACCCCUAUGGGCAGUACCAGUUCGGGGACCCGUCCCGGCCCAAGAACGCCACCCGGGAGAGCACCAGCACCCUGAAGGCCUGGCUGAACGAGCACCGCAAGAACCCCUACCCCACCAAGGGCGAGAAGAUCAUGCUGGCCAUCAUCACCAAAAUGACCCUCACCCAGGUCUCCACCUGGUUCGCCAACGCCCGGCGGCGGCUCAAAAAGGAGAAUAAAAUGACUUGGGCGCCCCGCAGCCGGACGGACGAGGAGGGCAACUCCUACGGGAGCGACCACGAAGGGGAAGAGGACAAGCGGGAGGACGAGGAGGAGAUCGACCUGGAGAACAUCGACACGGAGCACAUGGAGAGCCACAAGGACGAGCUGGAGGAGGACCCCGACCUGCUGCACUCCGACUCCAAGACGGACUCGGAAGGCUCCGAGGGCUUCGAGGACUUGCCCGGCUCCGAGGAGCGCUUCCUCAAGGCCAUGGAGGGGGAGCGCCCCCACCCGCCCGCCGGGGGGCUGGAGCCCCUCAAGCUGCCCCACCAGCAGCACCGCCUCUCCCCGCCUGCCCCGGCCUCGCCCCCGACGGAGGGCAGCUUAGCCAGCGCGGGGCAGAAGCCCAAGAUCUGGUCCCUGGCUGAGACGGCCACCAGCCCGGACAACCCUCGCAAGUCCCCCGGGGGCGGCAGCGGCUGCUCCCCCCCAGCGGCGGCCCCCCAGAGCCUGCCGCUGGCUCCGCCUCCGCCCCACAGACUCGUCUCCUCCUGUCCGCUGGGCAAGUUUCCCAACUGGACCAGCCGGGCUUUCUCGGCCCACCACCACCACCCGCACCCGCUCACCUUACUGAACACUCCCCACCUGCUGGGACUCGGGGCCACCCCCGGCGCAGCCUCCAGUGCUGCAGCCAUCGCUGCCUUCUCCAGACCCGCCGACCAGGCUCAGAGCACGGACUCCGCUGGAACAGAUCGAUCUAGUGCCUUGGAAGUAGAGAAAAAGUUAAUAAAGACAGCUUUCCAGCCAGUUCAGAGGCGGCCCCAGAACCAACUUGAUGCAGCUAUGGUUCUAUCAGCGUUGUCAUCAUCAUAGUUAAUUUUUAUUAUUAUUAAUAUUGUAAUGAUUGUGUAAAAAAAAACAAAAACAACAACAAAAAACUCUGUAUAGUUACAACUUGUAAGCAUGUCCGUAUAUUAAAAUAAAAAAAAAAGAGGGAGAAAGAAAGAAAAGAAACCGCUUCUGUACUAUCAUCUGGAUUAGCUGAGUUCGUGAGGUUUUUUUGGAAGUCCAGUGAGAAUUAGGUGUCUCGAUUUUUUUUGUAUAUACAGUAAAAAUGUACAUAUGU